AUGACCUUCAACAUCGCAUUCGCCAUCCCAAAUUCAAGUGCGGCCAAGCCCAGGUCAUUCAUAAUGCGGUCUCGAUUUGCAGAGUACGGCAACGACGAGGACAACCUCCCCCAGGGCAUGACCCGUAUCGGCUACGAUGCUGAUACAGAGGUUUUCACCUUCAGCAGCGAAGACGGCAGCAUCUGGGAGGGGCAACCUGGAAGCCGAUAUGGCAACCUCACAAGGGUCUGCGAGCCGCCUCAGAAGCCACCUGCAUCAGGCAUUGGGGUCAAGACAGAGCCCCUGGUGCCUACACGAUCGGCCCACAAUGGUGACUCGGAGGAAGCUUCUGCAGCACCAAACGUCGAAUGUAGUCCGAGCGGUAGGCGAAGAUCAGCAUCCAGGGUCCUGUUACGGUGCGUGUCCAAGGUGACCUCCUCGCUCCGCCACCGUUCAGACAGCCAGAGCAGCGACACGGCCGAGUCCUCGCCCGACGCAUUGUCACCGGAUGUGGAAGAAUUCCUCUUCUCCCAUUUAAGGGGACAGCAAAACCACGCUGUACCAGAGAAGAAUCCUGACCGCAAUGAUGUCGCACACGGAGGGCGUCAGGUCUGA